CCAACUGCCACGACAAACUCGUACCAUUUCGGUACACUAACUCAAGAGCACACCUUCCAGAUGUUUGUCAAAAUUCCCAAGUGAAUGUUUCCCCGCAGGUACUUAAUCUGCAUGCUGCAGCCGUGCAGCGUGCUCAAUAAUGCGACAUGUUUUUAUCAAACUGGAUGGCUAAUUAUCAAUCCACCAGCCGUUUCUUCAACAACAUUGAUAGCUGUAUUAGGUCCUUGAGAAAACACGAGCCAUACCAAAAGAGUGUCUGCAAUGUGCUUAGCCGAUGCCAUUCACAAUGGUCAAACAAAGAGAAGUUAGGAAGUAAAGGUGUUGGAGUGGAGAGUGAAGCAUCAAAACCUAAAGGCAGAAACACUGAUCUUGAGUCCAGCAAAAAGUGGACAUUUGAACCUGUUUGGAUUUCUAAAGCAAUAGAGUCUGCAUUUCAACUAUGGAAUGGAAUCGGAGACAAACCGCCACCCAUCAAUAUGUCUCUUACAGAGAUUUACGCUAGCAUUCAGCGGAGCAAGCUGGGUCUUCAAGACUGGAGUCUUAGUGAUCUUACCAUAGGCCUUUAUCUUAUAUAUCUCCAACAAGCAUCCACCAAGCCUCUCGAGGAUAUAAAGGGUGAACAGAUAUCUUCUGAACGAAUUGUCCAUGAUCUUAAGUACCACAGUGAACUAGCAAAGGGUGCAUACAGAGAUAGUACUGCUUGCCUGGCAAGGAACACUAUGCUUAGAGAAAUUGAUAUUGUGAAAUUCAUAAAAGUCUCAAGCUUGUUAAGGCCUGGAUAUUACAUUGCAGUUGACAAGAGAAGAAGACUGGUCAUUCUGGGAAUCCGUGGAACAGAUACAAUUUAUGACAUCAUAACCGAUAUUGUUUCAUCAAGUAAUGAAGAAAUCACAUUGGAAGGCUACUCAACACAUUUUGGGAGUGCUGAGGCUGCUCGUUGGUUUCUUACUCAUGAGAUGGAAACUCUAAGGAAAUGCCUUCAGAAACACAAGGGGUUUAGGAUAAGGCUGGUCGGUCAUUCUCUUGGGGGUUCAAUAGCAUCCUUGUUGGCAAUAAUGCUCCAUAAGAAAUCACAGCAGGAGCUUGGAUUCGACCCUGAUAUUGUAACCGCAGUUGGAAUUGCAACCCCACCUUGCGUCUCCAGAGAUCUUGCUGAAAAGUGUCAUGAGUAUGUUGUAACCGUGGUUAUGCAGGAUGACAUUAUUCCGAGGCUAAGUGUUGCUUCUCUUACAAGGCUGCGGAAUGAAAUUAUUCAAACUGAUUGGUUGAGGCUUACAAUAUGUUAUGCAAGGAAAAGCUUCAUCUAAGUUCUGUUUGGGUGAAGGGUUUUGGAGGGCAGAGUCCAUCCAGUGCCGGUCCUACCUAAAUUCGGGCCUGAGUCAAGCUUCAUAAAAUGGGCCCUGUGCCUAGUAUUUUUAUUCAUUAAAUUUUAAUGAUUAAAUAUCACAAAACCGCAAUUCUUAAAUAAAAGUCUUACACCGUAACAAUGUAAUGUUACAGUUUAUAAAAGUCUUACACUUUAACAAUGUAAUGUUACAGUUUAUAAAAGUCUUACACUUUAACAAUGUAAUGUUACGUUUUGUGAGUAUGUACUUUCCGAAGUGGCUGUUUUAUUCGAAAUCAAGUUCUUAUUAAUGUCUCCCGCCUGACUUUGAGUUAAUGAUUCAAUACGUGAUUUCCUUUUCCUCUUUUGAAAUCAUUAAAAUAUAUAAUUUAUUGAAAUCCUUAGCAAUAUAUACUAGUAAUUUUCUCUACAAUUCUCCAAAUACAAAAUAUAUAAUUUGAUUAAUUGUGAAUUGAGAAUUCCAUAAUUGCAAUAUUGAUAAACCUAAAUAAAAAAAAAACAAUGAACUAGCAUUUAAAAAUUUACAUAUUAACACAUAACACAUUCACACAUGAAAAAUAAAUUAAUCAAUUAUACAUCACAUUUAAUAUUUAGCAAAUCAAUAUAAAGUUAGAAAAUUUCUGAAAAUACAUAGGUAUAGGUAUAGUAAAGUAAGAAAAAAUGGGCCCCUAAUUUUUUCAGUUUUUUGGGCCCUGAGGCUUGGGCCUCUCCAGCCUUACAUAAGGCACGGGCCUGAGUCCAUCCUUCAUAUGCAAUUGAGAUUUUAAAAAAAUUGAUGGAAUAACAUAAUAACUGAUCAUAUAACAUAUCAAUCACCAUUUUAUUUGUUUCUUUAAACACUGUAGUUAGAAAGUAUUUAGGUCCCACUCUUGUUAGGUCAUUUUCUCUUUUGAUCCUUAGACUUUCUUUCUUUUCAUUUUUGGUACACCACUAUUAAUUCUUGCCACUUCUGAUCACUCAUUUGGCCAUUUUUUGUACAACUCCGGUUGAUUUUUGCAGGAUAAGUGAUUGGUAGGAUCACAAGUGCUUAGAAAGUGAAAAGUCCAUAGUCUAAAAUAGUGAAAGUGACCCAAUAACUGCAUGACAACAAUGCAGUGUUAUCUUUACUUUGUUAAGAUAUAGACUAAAAUAAUUCAAAGUCUGCCCUCCAAAACCCUGCAUCCACACUUACCCUUAUACGACCUUUUCACAGCUUUGUAAUUUAGGGCUUGUCAUAAUCUCCUGGGCUUUAUUUUUCUAAAACAAAUGUCAUGAAUAUGUAAAAACAUUAGUCAGAUGUGCUGAAAAUAUGUAUUGGCUUUUCCCUCAACUCUGUGCUUUGAUGUAGGGGAGAUGUGUUUGAAAAGGGUGACUGGAAAGGUGUGGUUGAUUUGUUCACAAAUGCAAGGCAGGUUGUCUCUUCCAUCCAUGAUGUUGCCCGGAAGCUGGCUGACUAUGCCAAGUCCAGAGGCCAAACAGGGCACUCUGGUGCUCGUCCGGAAAAGGAAGUCACAACCGCUUCAAGUGUGCCACCUGCCUCCAUGUCAGCAAGCAAUACCUCUUCACUUGUAAAGCAUGAAGAUGAACUAUUUGUACCCGGGAGCGUAUAUUAUCUAAAGAGGAAUAAUACCGAAAAGAGAAACCGUGAUGAUCAAUCUAUGGAGUUCUUCACGCUCUGGAAAAGACAACCGGGGGAACAUUUCCAGAGGAUACUCCUCUCCAAUAAUAUUAUCUCGGACCACAAAUGCGAUAGCCAUAAUUAUGCAUUGCGGGAUGUACUUAAAGGUAUCAUCCCUGCUAGUACCCCAGACGAAGCCAUUUUCAGAUAGUUGGUAUUCGUUUAUGUCGAGAGAAAGACAUAAUGAGACUGGUAUAUUCUUACUAGCAAGUCUUAGAAAGUUAGAUCAUUUAUGUAUGAUGAAAUAAAAGAUGUGUUGUUGUUUUUUUUGAAAACCAAAGAUGUGUUGUUACAAAUACAGAUUUGUGUUUGUUUUUAUACUUAGGUUGCUUAAAAUUCUCACAAUUAAGUAGCCGCUAGAAUUGUACUUUAGUUAAUCAAAUGAAGUAAAGAAUGUGUUGUUGCAAAUA